CCUUCGCUCGCACCAUGGCUGAUCAGCUCACUGAGGAACAGAUUGCUGAAUUCAAGGAAGCUUUCUCCCUGUUCGAUAAAGAUGGUGAUGGCACCAUCACAACAAAGGAGCUUGGAACUGUCAUGAGGUCAUUGGGUCAAAACCCAACAGAAGCUGAAUUGCAGGAUAUGAUCAACGAAGUGGAUGCUGACGGUAAUGGCACCAUUGACUUCCCAGAGUUUUUGACUAUGAUGGCUAGAAAAAUGAAAGACACAGAUAGCGAAGAAGAGAUCCGUGAGGCAUUUGGAGUCUUUGACAAGGAUGGGAAUGGUUAUAUCAGCGCAACAGAACUACGCCAUGUCAUGACAAACUUGGGAGAAAAACUAACAGAUGAAGAAGUAGAUGAGAUGAUCAGAGAAGCAGAUAUCGAUGGAGACAAACAAGUCAACUAUGAAGAAUUCAUACAGACAAUUACUGCAAAAUGAAGACCUUCUUUCAACAAUUUCCCACCUAGAAGAAUCAAAUUGAAUCUUUUACUCACCUCUUGCAAAAAAAAAAGAAAGAAAGAAAAAGAGAAAGUUCAUUUAUUCAUUCUGUUUCUAUAUGGCAAAAAUGAAUGUCAAAAGUCACUUCUGCCCCCCCCCCAAAUCUGCAUGUUUUGGUUGGUGGUCCUGUCCCCUAAAGAUGAAGCUACACAUGAGUUUUACAAUAUAAUACUUGUUCUACCUUAAUGAUAAGGAAGCACUUAGUGGAUUCCUUCC